AUGAGCAGUCCUUCACCGCCGCCGCCGCCGCCGCCGUUGUCGAGCGACGCGGCGCAUCUGCACAGCGCCAGCACUGAAGGGAGCGACGGAGGCACAGGAGCACCAGCAGCAGACCAGCAGCAGCAGCAGCAGCAGCAGCAGGCCAGCGAUCGCACUGGCCGCGAGCCCGACCGCGACCGAGCCGAGAACUACUACGCAAUGCCGUUCGGCAUCUUUCUCCCUUACGGAUCGCACCUCUCGAGUGAGGACCUGCACGCGUUUGGCGAGACGUUCGGACCCGUGCACUCGGUCGAUCGGCGCGGCCCUCAUGCUCGAAUUGAGUUCAAAGACAAGCGAUCAGUCGCCGCGGCGUUGCGAACCAAGGAUCCGAUCUUCAACGGAUCUGUGGUCCGAGUCACGGCGUUCAUUCAGGUCAAGUGGUCGCAAGUGCCCGUGAGAUACAUCGCAGGAGGUCCUCUACAUCGAGGGAUCGGAGCGCUAGCCGCAGUCCGACACGUCCUAUGCACCUGCGACUCGAAGCGUAUCUCCCACGAGAGCAAGAUCGUCGAUCGGAAGGCCAACAUCGCGACUCUGCUUCAGAUUCCCGAAACCCCCGCGACUAUCGAGAUCAACGAGAUCAACGAGACCAACGCGACACUCGAGAGCAACGCGACACUCGAGAGCAGCAAGACCAGCGCGAUUCCCGAGAUCACCGAGAUCACCGAGAGCAACGCGAUUCCCGAGAACACCGAGACCAGCGCGAUUCCCGAGACCACCGAGACUAUCGAGAGCAACGAGACCGAAACCAUCUGGACCGAGGCCGAGACCGAGGCAACGAGUCGCGCACUCGAGAUCAGCUCUCAGAUCGCGACUCAAGAGACCAACGAGACCAAAGCGACCAACCUCGAGAUCGUCGUGACCAUGAGCGAGACAGAGACCAAACCCGGGACCGUGAUCGAGGUCGCGAUCGAGAGCGGGAUCGCUCCUUCGACAGCCGCUCGGACCGGAUCCGCGAUAGCAAUGGCCGGUCGUGGGAUCAUACCCAAGCAACAGCAACAGCAACAGCAGCAACAGCCGCAACAACUACAGCAGCACUUUCCACCCCCUUCGGCGUAUCCCCAGCAGCAGCAGCAGCAGCAGCAGCAGCAGCAGCAGCAGCAGCAUCAGCAGCAGCAGCCUGGCUACCCGAGCUACCCGGGCUACCCACAACCAGGACCGUAUGCUGGCGCUCCGUUUGGGGAUCCUUCAAUGCAUCAGUUCUCGCAAGUACCGGGCGGAGCGCCGUACAACCCGUAUCAAGGCUUCCCCUCGAUGUUCCCUGGAUAUGGCGCUCCUCCGCCGACUGGCGGCGCUUUCGAUGCCGCUGCCGCAGCGCCCGCCACCGGCGCGCUCUCGCAACUCGACCUCAACUCCAUUGCGCUCCUCGCCAGCAACCCGCAGCUUGUUGCCUCUUUGGCCCAGCUGCUUCAAGCGCCUGCAGGCUUUCAAGCGCUGACCAGUCCGCAGCCCACUCCGUUCGCGGCUCAGGGGUACAAUCCCAGUGCACCAUCACUGCCAGCCCAGCUCCCAUCCUCGCUCCCAUCUUCGCUCACAGCAGCGCAGCUCCCCACUCAGCUACCGACCUCAUUGACCCAAUUUACCUCUCAGUUUUCGACGCACGUCUCUCAGCUUCCUGCUCAGCUGUCUCCAGCGACUACCUCGACCUCCGGUAGUUCAGUCGAAGACCCUCGCAACAGGGCCUCUCGAAGCUCCUAUCCUUCUCAGCAGCGCUAG